AUGGUUCCCAGAAAUAUCGGCGGGCCCCAACAAUGGAUGAUCCGCUGGAAUAACAAGGGCUAUGUUGGCUGGGAUUGUUGUGAGGGCGUCUUCGAGGACGACACCGUCCUUGAAAGCGACGGGCUUCACAGUGGAGCUAUUGACUCUGAUGCCUUCGGCCACUUCGUCGGAAUCGAGUUUACCACAGAGGAUGACGUCGAGGAAGACAGAACUUUGACUAUCACUAGGUCGCUGAGCCAAUCAUUCACAAGCUUCCACGAUCUGGCAACGCUCUUCACAAUGACCAGCUUCAUCUAG